AUGGUCUACGGCACAGACAGUGCAGACACUCUGGCACAGCGGGGUUCCCCCAUCAGCGACCACACCUCGGCCAGCCCCGGACCAGACCGCCCCAACAAAGCUCCCAGAGCUGCGAGCACCCGCCGGAGGCUGUACGGGAGCCCCGGGUGCCAGACUGUCAAGGCCCUCAGCACAGUAAGCACAGUGGAACCCUAUCUGCCAUGGUCUACCAGCGUACUUGCCAAUACCUGGCUCCCAGGCCGGGCUAUUUCCCAGCGCACUGGUCCCGGCGCCAGCAGCCGUCACCGCUCCGGCGGUGAGCGCUGCACGUGGGGACAGCCUGCCCGCCGGGGAGAGCCCGGACCCCGCCGAGCCCGCCCGUCGGACCCGGGAAGCGAACCCCGCGUGCUGGGACGGCCCGGCCGCCGCACCCAGCGCGGAGCCGCGCUCCGGCUCCGCACCGCGGCCCGUGCCCGCUGCCAAGGACCCAGCCCCGCACAGGAGCAGCCCAGCGGCCCCGGCCGAGCGGCGGGCCCGGGCCUGCGCGCGGGGGCGGCUCCAGCGGCGGGGCUCCGGACGGCGGCGGCCGGGACGGGGCCGGGGGCCGGACCGGGCCGGGCCGCGGCCUGGCUCCCCCUCGGUCUCCCGCAGCGGCGCCUCCGGCUGCCCCCUCCGCAGCUCCGAGAGCCGCCUCCCGGCCCCCAACUCGCUCCGGGGGACCGCCGGGCCGGCACAUCCCCGCCGGCAGCGCCCUAA